AUCAGAGAGGAGCAAAGCGCCCAGCGCCCCAAACCGGUAAUUUCAAAACUACACAACCCGAUUGUUUUCGAGCUACAGAAAAUAACUCAAACACCACGUUUGGUUGAAGUGGAGUCAACAGUUUGACGGGAUAUGGACGAAGAAGAUCCCGCGGCGUCUUUGACAAACAGAAAAGAGCUGCGCAAGCAGAAGUUGAUGGAGUAUUUGACAAUGAAAGGAAAAUCCAAAUUGCCCGGAUCUAAGCCAAACGUCGCUGAUGGUCCGGUGAAAAAGUCUGAACCUGCGCGACGACCAUCUUCACUCCAGCUCAUCAAGGGAAAAGAAAACAAAGCCCCCAUCAGCAGUUUUAGACAGAAAGACAAAAACGCUCAACCUUUGGCUCCUCUUGCCAAGCAAAACUCGGGCAGAAAAACCUUCGUGGUUCGAAACAAAGAGAAUCUGCAAAGCAGCAUCCGGACUGAACCGCAGAAAUCCAGAGGUUCGCUUAGUGUUUGUUCCACACUCGCUGAAAAGCCAGCUUUCAGGGCGACAUACUCGCUUUCCUCCAAGCCCCUCCUGAAAGCAGACAGCCAUCCCACAAAUCAGACCAAUGUCAGGAAACCGCCGACAGGGAAAGCCUCUUCCAAUGCCAACUUUUCAGUUAUGAAGAACCCGAAAGGCUCACACAGGGCUGCGACAAAUAUAGCCGCUUCCUUCCCAGCUACGGCUUACACCGUCAGGAUGAGUUUGGGACCAAUGGUCAAAACCAGGACUGGCCUCAUUUCAACCAUGAUCAUACCCAGAGUCUCUGAACCAGUACGGAAUCAGAAAUCCGCUCCUUUGCGAUCCCGCGUUUCAUCUUCCUGUCCCGUCUCCAAAAUCCCACUAUGUCAAAGACCAGCUGUCUCUUGUUUGACUGCCAGCAAGACUCAGGAGUCUCGCCACAAAGCCAUCCUCGCCAGACAGUCGCAGCCGCCUUCUUUUAACCUGAAAUCAACAUUCACCACCUCCUCGUCACGCUCAGCACCACACGCUCAGCCGACGAAGCAGAGACCCGAGCUCGAAGCCAGGAAGACGAGCCAGCGCCCCAACGUCCACGGCGGAGUGGCGACGAGCAGAUGCGUCGCCAAGAUAGACGAUAAAGCCCCUCCAGCUGUGGCACGAGUGGAGAAACCCAAGACGGGCAGAGACACUGCAAACAAGGUGGCGGAUGACUCCAUUAAGACCGCUCCAAAGAGAAGAAACGCUCCGGCGCCACGGACCGCCACUGCCAUCAGUCAACCGAAGGCCGCUGCUCCAAAGGGAAGAAACGCUCCGGCGCCACGGACCGCCACUGCCAUCAGUCAACCGAAGGCCGCUGCUCCAAAGGGAAGAAACGCUCCGGCGCCACGGACCGCCACUGCCAUCAGUCAACCGAAGGCCGCUCCUGCUACGAAAGCGCCAAAGUCCCAAACUGUGGACAAAAAAGUUACUGCUGAGCAAGAGGCGAGAAUGAAGAAACUGCAGGCCUGGCGGGAAGCCAAAGGUAUUUCCUACAAGCGCCCUCCGAUGACAGUCAAGCCCCCGGCCAAGCGAGCUGUGGCUUUGUCCGAACCUUCCUGGACCACCAUGAAGGCGGAGGACGACUCUCGCCUGUUUGUCCAAGCCGUGGACAGAUCCCUGUCCGACUGCAUUAAACUGCUUGCUGAGAGCCGCCAAAACCGCCAGGUGAAGGAGGUCCUCUCCCGGCUUCCCCCCGUCGCCCAGAAGUUUGUCAAAUUCUGGAUCCUUAAGGCCCGCCUGAUGGAGCAAGAGGGCGACCUGGACGUCCUGCCCAUGUUUGAGGAGGCCGUCAAUGUUGUUUUGGAACCUGUGGACGAGCUGCGCACGGUGGUCUUUGACAUCUUGAAGAAAAAGGACAAGACCCAAGGUGGCUGUGAUGCCUGUGAGGACGACGAGAAGGAAGAAUGCCAAACUCCAAGCAAAGUGGAAAGUGCAGCUGAGAGUGACGACAAGCACCCCAUUGUGACUCCCCCGGCCCCAGUCAGAGCCCACAUCUGGGGGGAGAAGACCUGCUCGUCUGUCGUCAAGUACAAGAUCACAGUCACUCCUGGGGGCCCCUUAAGCCAGCAGAAGGAGCCCAAGCAAGUCAACGGCCAGAAGGUGCUCUUCUUCACACCAGUGAGGCGCUCUGUGCGCAUCGACAGGGCGUCGCUGCAGUACCCGCCAUACCUCCAGGAGCAUGACCCUUGUGUGGGCUCGUUCAGUGACCUGCUGGCCGCCGAAGAGGAGGAGGAGGAAGUGGACGUUGAAAAAGAGUCAGGCGGCGAAGCGAGCUCCAAGGACGGUUCGCUGAUAUACAUCUACCGGGACAACGAGGCGCUGAAAGACAAAACGUGUGUCCAGCUUUUGGGGGAGCAGGAGUCCUAACUGCUUUGGUACACCUGCCGACGACAGCUUUAAGUAUUUUCAAAUGUUUUGUUUACCUUUCAGGGUCCAAAAAGAACAGGAUACUUUAUGAAGAAAAUGCCUCGGAAGUCAAGUGAAAAUGUAAACUGUCAGCGUCCAAGGCAUUGAUAAACCUUAGCAAUGAUGAUGAGCAAUACAAUUUACUACACCA